AGCGGCGAAGCGUCGUUCGGAGGGGCCUCGCGUUUGGAAAUAGAACGAGAUCAACCCGAUCUCUCCAGUAAAAUUUCUGAAAUUGUGAAGCGUCGAAAACACGCUCAAGGAGUAACACAUCGUCUCGACCGCCCAAACACAACACACAAUGGACGAUUUACCACCAGAACAGAUUUCAGAAUCCGGGCGGCUGGAAUUCGACGAAUUCGUAACGUUGGCGGCUAAGUUCAUCGUCGAGGAGGACGACGAGGCCAUGCAGAAGGAACUGCGUGAAGCCUUCCGACUCUACGACAAAGAGGGCAACGGGUACAUCCCGACCUCCUGCCUCAAAGAAAUCCUCCGUGAGCUCGACGACCAACUCACCAACGAAGAGCUAGACAUGAUGAUCGACGAAAUCGAUUCCGACGGCUCUGGAACAGUCGAUUUCGAUGAAUUCAUGGAGAUGAUGACUGGAGAAUAAGCGUCACUUUCAAGAAGGAGAGGUGACAAUCAUGAACCAACCGACAGCCUCCACAACUUGCAAAUUCUUGGAACUCUACUUCACUCCGAUGGCUCCGCAUAAUGUCUGCUCGCGAACAAAUCCUGCCAUUCGGCGUACGCCUCAAACCCAAUAUCAUUCUGCUCAACUGCACUAGUUCGUUCCUCAUUCUACGGGUUGAAAUUUUAACACAGACUCCAUUAAUGCUGAGAAUUUUCAGACGAAUUCUGAGAAUCUCAAACCAACUUCCUUCGUAUGUGCAAGCCUCAAAAGCUUCGCGAAGUCUUACCUCACCCUGAUCGCAUGAAUUUAUUGGGUAUUCACGUGAAUUUGGCAAAAGCACAAGUGGUCACUCAAUCUAAUGACGAGCUCCUGGCAGUUCAUCUUGCGGGACGGACGGAAACAUUUCACCUCAUUAAACUUGCCCUCUUUUCCUUUGUAAUAUACCUCGUCCCAUUCAUCGCCCCCACCCGAUCGCAUAUUAAUACCACCUAUUUAAUUGUUUAAUUUAUUAUUUAUUUUCUUAUUUAUUCAACUAUUUUUCUACUUAAACUUUUAUCUCGUUAUUUUUUGUGUAUGUCUGUUCAUUUACAAAUAUACAUGAAGAGUUUUGACACCA